ACUAUAUAAAUCGAUCACCAACCCGCAUGAGCUCCACAACGAGAAAGAAUUUCAUCCUCCACACGCAAGAGAUGGCGCCAUCCAAGUGCAUCGUCGCCUUGUUCCUCGCCUUCACGCUCCUCACCAACGCGCUGCAGACGUCCCAAGCCAUCAGGGCCCAGGCCGCGUUCAAGCCGGCCGCCGCCAUAGAUCAAGAAGCAUCGGAGAAGGCAGCCACGGCGUCGACGACCAGCGAAGCAGUUGCGCAGUCAUCAACCCCGCCUGGAUUACCUGGUCUCCCUGGCGCUCCGGCGGCAGGGUCAUUACCGGGCAUCCCCGGGUUCCCACUGCUUCGGCUGCUUUUCCCGUCUUUUCCAUGGCCUGGUGCUCCGCAGGCUAGGUUUUUGCCCGGCACCCCCGGGUUUCAAUGGUUCCCACCGUUGCCGUUAUCUGGGCCUCUGCCGGCCGGGCAACUAGCAGGGAUUCUCGGCUUUCCGUUUUUCCCGUCGCUUCCGCUGGUUUUCCCGUUCCCUGGCGUCCCAUCGCACAUAGGUUCCCCAGUAUCAUCAGCUGCGCCACCACCUAGUUCACCAAACUCACCAGCAGGUACUACUACAACUACAUCACCAUCAACCCCGCCGCAACAGCCGACGGACUGCCUAUCACCAUUGAUGGGGUUGACGCCAUGCAUGGACUACCUCACCAACACCAGCGUACCGGUGCCUCCAAGCACGUGCUGCGACGGCUUCAAGUCCCUCGUCAACGACGCGCCCAUCUGCCUCUGCCAUGGCCUGAAAGGCGACAUCAACCAGCUUACGCCGGCACCCACGGAUUUCAUGCGCAUGAUGUCUCUCCCAACAGCGUGUGGUGCCACGCUGCCGAUGCAUACUCUCGCCAAGUGCUCAACACAACAAGUGCCACCACUGAUGCCUGCUCCUACUCCUGCCGCUGCUCCAUCUCUGGGUAACUAACUCUUUUCUUGCACAUCCAACCUUAUUAAUUUUGAUCUGGCUGUAUUAAUAUGUAGAUUCUGAUAUGCUUUGCUUUUCUGAUUUCGUAUUGCUUUUGUUCCGCAGAGUCAUCACCAUAGGAGCAACAGGAUUGAAGCAGAGGUG